UAUUUACUGAUUUAUACAUACAGGAAAAAAAUACCACAAAACCAAAACUAAACAAACAACAGUUACAGACGUCAACCUUUCACAGAAAUAAAGUAAAAUCAAUACAAAAUAAAUGAGCAAAAUAUUGGCCUGUCAAGGUGACUGAUAUUUAUGAGUUGGCUGAGGUUUUGGUUAGUUUUAGUUUAAAGGCGAAACACAAUAAGUUAAGGAACAGUUUGCCUUCAUAUAAACUUAUUGGACCUCAUUUGACUUGUUUCAGUUUGUAUAAAUGAAGACUUGGUGAGGAGCUGUAUCUUAAAUUCACACUUUGCACGAAAUGGACCUCUGUCUGCCGUUUCCUGACAUUGUGCUUCAAACCACAACUUAGCUUGCAUCACUUGGCCUGUGGGCGAAGGAAACAGAAGUGCCACACCACAGAGAAGUGAGCUCUGCAGCGCUCAUCGUGAAACCUGCACGUGUGUUCCAGAAUGCAAACACUAGUUCUUUAUGUAAAACACGUGCAUGAAUGAAUGAAUACCUGCAGCCCUGUGCAGCAUGCAAGCGUGCAUGUUGGCACCGGUGUGUGUUCAUAAUGUUCCAACUGUGCCAUCUCUCCACUUCCUGUCAUCUCACACAUGUAAGGAAACCACAGGUGAGUAAAAUGAUGCGCCGAGUUUUCUACUUUCUGGUUUCCGGUUUGCACAGCACGAAUCUUCGCUUUGGAUAAAAGCAGCAUGAGGGUGUUCCUCUUCUCUGUUGCAAUGACGCCGAAGAAGUUCUUUCUGUGAAAAUACGCACAGGAACCAAAAAGAGGAAGAGGAAGAGAGGGGACGGCGAGGUGAUGGACACCACAGAUGAGAAGUGCAGUCUGAUCGCAGUGCCGAAUGGUGCUUAUCUGGUGCGGCGCACUGAGGAAGUCCUUCUCCCCGUCUUCUCAGAUGAGAGUCUGCAGGCUGCCAUGGCCUCACACCUCCCUCCUGCUCUACCAGAACUUAGACUGGUCCUCCUGGGCAGGAAAGGAGCCGGGAAGAGUGCAGCGGGCAACACCAUCCUAGGUGGAGCGGGAGCCUUUGAGAGCGGGAGGCCCACCGAGGAGUGUGUGAAAAAACAAGCAGAUGUGGCGGGGAGGAGGGUCACGGUGGUGGACACCCCUGGGUGGGAGUGGUACUACCCUCUCAACAGUACCCCCAACUGGGUGAGGAGGGAAACCCUGCGGAGUGUGUCACUGUGUCCUCCUGGACCCCACGCUGUGCUCCUGGUGGUUCGGGCCUGCUCCUCAGUGAAUGAUGACUAUAUCAGGGAGAUCGAGGAGCACCUGGAGCCUCUGGGAGGUGGAGUUUGGGAGCACACCGUCCUGCUGUUCACCAGGGGAGACGAACUGGGCCUGACCACCAUGGAGCAACGGAUUGUGACGAGCGGCCCGGCGCUUCAGAGGCUCCUCCAGAAGUGUGGGAACAGAUAUCAUGUCGUGAACAAUCUGAGGAAAGUUGAUGGGACGCAGCAGGUUCGAGAGCUGAUAAGGAAGCUGGAGCAGAUGGUGGAGGAAAGGAAAGAAGGAAACAGUCCCCUGGAGAUGGAUAGUUCGGUUCUGUUGGGUUUGGAUGCGGACAAGAAGAGGAGAGCCAGAGAGAGGAGGAAGAAGCAGAGGCAGAUGGAGGCACAGAUGCAGAGAGGAACCAUCAAAGCUGCUCUGAUGAGUGACGAACCUCAGGGUUCCGAGCUUGAUGCUCAUCAAUCUUUCUCCAAAGCUCCCAGACGUUUACCCGAGGUCAGGCUGAUUCUCCUGGGUGAGCGUGAAACCGGAAAGAGUUCCGCUGGGAAUACUAUCCUGGGCAAAACAGGCUUCUUCCAAGCGGGGGCGGUAACAGAGGAGUGCAUCCGUCGACAAGCAGAGGUGGCCAAGUGGAUGGUGACGGUGGUGGACACACCGGGCUGGGAGGCAGGAGUGGAGGGGGUGACGCCGGAGAGGGUGAGGAGGGAAAUCGUCAGUGGCGUGGCCUUGUGUCCGCCGGGGCCCCACGCACUCCUGCUGAUGCUGAGGGUGGACACACUGGUGACUGCAGGACAUGUGAGGGAACAUCUGGAGCUGCUGGGCGAGGGCGUAUGGAGACACACAAUCCUGCUGUUCACUCACGGCGAUCAGCUUCGAGAGGGGGUGGAUAUUGAGCAGCACAUCCAGGGUGGGGGCAGGGACCUGCAGUGGCUGCUGGAGAAAUGCAGGGGCAGGUACCAUGUUGUCAGCAGUGCAGACAGAGGAGGAAGUGGAAGUGGAGGCUCCACUAAGGUGACAGAGCUCCUGGAGAAAGUGGAAAAGAUGGCGACGAUGAACAGGUGCGAGGCUUUCUCAAGUCUGGUUCAGGACGUCAGGGACCUGAGUCGACAAAGGAACGAAAAGUUCAACCAGCGCCUGAAGGAGAUGGGAGAUAAGAUGCUUCGUCAGGAGGCGGAGCUGAAGAAGGUGAGGGAGAGGGAGAUGAAGAGCAUCAGGUGGAUCUUUGAUUGGAAGAGGAAGCUGAAAUCACCCGGGAAGGCUGAUGUUCAAAGGGAAGAGGAGGAGGAGGAGGAGGACAGGAGGACUGGUGAAAAGAAGCAUAACUUCGGAGAGCUGGAGGAGAGGAUGCGGUGGCUGACGGAGGAUAAAGAGAGAGAAGUUCAGGAUCUGAGCGUAGAAAAUGAAAGAAUACGUGUCAUACUGAACCAAAGUGGACGAGAGAGAGAUGAGAUGAUGUUCAACCUGGAGCUGAAAGAGAGAGAGGUGGAGGAUCUAAGAGAAAGAAUUGACGAACAGCAAGCGAAGUUGCUUGACCUCGAACAAGAGAAAAAGAGGAGGGAGGACGCCAUCAGAGCGAAGGAGCAAGAGUGGAGAAAGAAAUUCAAAGAAACUGAGGAGCUGCACAAGAGAGAAAAAGCAGAGUGGACGGAACAAGUCGAUUCUUUAAAAGCAGAAAUGGAUGAGAUAAAACGACACUGUGACAAUGUCCUCAGCAGAAAAGAGAGGGAGGUGACAAAGCUGGAAGAGAAACUAAAAAGAGAGAUGGAAAUAAAACUGUUUGAAAGAGACAAAGAGCAGGAGGAACUGAGGAAGAAAGCUGCAGAGGAAAAACAGUUUACCCUUGAUAAAGCAACACUGCAGCAUCAGGAGGAGAUGAUGAGAAAAAUCAGUCAAAAAGAAAAGAUGAUGGACGCAGCGAAAGUUAAACACCAAGAAGAAAUUCUUCAGUGUUUGAAAGAAAAAGCAGAAGCUAUUGAAAAGGUCAGACAACAGCAUAAAAAUGAAAAAAGAGACAUCAAUGACGAAACCUGCAGAGUAAUCGAAAACCUGAAAAAGCAUUUUGCUAAAGAAAAUGAGGAACAUGUGAGAGCAAAAAAGCAAGAGAUAGAAGAACUAGAAGAAAAAUAUCACAACCAAACAAGAGAAAUACUGCAACAAAAUGAAAAAGAGAUAGAAUCAAUUCAUCUAAAUCACAAAAAAGAUGUGAUGCAAAAGAUGCAAGAGAAAGAAAAAGAAAUAGAAGCUUUAAAACGGCAGCAUCAGGAAGAAAUUAACGACAUGGAAAAACUGAUGGAGGUGACGAGGGCAGAACACCAGAAAGAGAGAGAUAGAAAAAUUAAAGAAAAAGAGGAGGAUGUAGAAAGAGUGCAACUGCAAUACAUGGAAAAAAUAAGAGAAUUGGAGGAAGUAAGAAAAAGAGAAAAUGAAGAACAGAAAGAAAAGUUUGCUAGAGAAAGUUCAAAACAAAUGCAGGAGAGAGAAAAACAGAUCAGAGAGUUGAAACUAAAGUUUUCUGCCCAAAUAGAAGAGAGGGAAAUAAUGAAUCAAAAUAAUGAAAGGUGCAUUUUGGAAGAAAUUCAAGAGAGAGACAGGCAAACAGACGAGUUAAAACGACAACACUUGAACGAAGUUGAAGAAAAAGUGCGAGAAAGUGAAAAGGAAAAAGAGAGAUUCGAGAAAGAGAUGGAGAAAAGGGUGGAAGAAAAAGAAAAGGAGAUUGAAGAUAUGAAACGGAAUGUAGGAGAACUUGAGAGUAAGCUGCAACAAGAGAAAGAGAGAGAAAUAAAUAAUUUGAAUUACAAAAAAGAAAUAGAACAAAGACUGAGAGAAAAAGAAAAAGAAAUUGAGGAGAUGAAACUGAAUGUUAAUGAAAUGAAGGAGAAAAGUGAAGAGAAAGAAACGAGUUACAAGACAGAUAUGGAGGUAAGACUGAAAGACAAAGACAGAGAAAUAGAAGAGAUGACAGAACAUUUAAAACAACUUCAACGAACAGAAGAGGAAAGAAAGAGGGAUCAAUCAAAUCAAAAGAGACAGAUGAUGCAAAAACUGAAACAAAAUGAACGAGUUAUAGAAAAGUUGAAUGAGAACAUCGAAGAAAUUCUGCAAAGAAAAGACGAAGAGAGAGUGACGAUGAUUCUAAACCAACAGGAGGAGGCAGAGCAGCGACUGCAGGACAGAGGGAGACGGAUGGAGGAGAUGAAGCUGCAGCUUUUGAACGACUCGGAGAGAAAGUUAAAAGAGAAGGAGACAGAGAUUGAGAGUAUGAGACAGGAGGCUGACUCCAGGGAGACGAGAUGGAGGGAGGAGCAGGAGACGAGGGAGAACGAGAUGAAGAAGCUGAAAGAGAUCAUUGAGAAGAAGACAGAGGAAAUAACAGAAGCGCAGAGUCUUCUAGCAGAGAGACACAGGGACGUGGACGAGAUGAUGGAGAAACUGCAGGAGAAAGAGGAGGCGCUCGAGCAUUUGAGGCGAAGGGAUGGAGAAAACGAGAAGGAGAUCGUCCAGCUGAAGCUCAGGAUCGAGCAAACGAAGUCAGAGCUGAAGCAUCUCACAGACAAGAUGGAGGAGGAGAUGAUGAGCAUGAUUCAGGAAUAUGAAAAGCAAAGUGAGAAGAUGAGAAAGGAGGCAGACAAUUUCACAUUUAAGUACGAGGAGCUGAGAAGUGAGAGGGAAGAAGAGGUGAGGAAACAUCUCAGGGAAUACGAUGAGCGGGAAUCUGAAAUCCAAAGCAUUCUUAGAGAGAGAGAUCUGGAGGUCAGGGUGUUAACAGACACAAAUGAGAAACUGGAGGCAGAGAUAGAGAGGCUGAAAAAUGGGGCAGAAAUGCAGAUGAAUGAGCUGAGAGAGGAUGUUGAGAGACAGAUGAUGGAGAGAAAAAGAGAGUUGAGAAUGAAGGAAGAGGAGAUGGAAGAUAAACUGUUGAAAAGGGAAAAGGAGGUUGAGGAAAGGGAAGAGGACAUGAGUAGAAAUGAGGAAGAGUCGAGGCAGAGACGACUCAGAUUGGAUGUGAAAGAGGAAGAGCUUGAGCAAGGUCUUCGGAAACUGGAAGUAAAUCUUGAGAUGCAACGAAAAGAGCAAAAAGAGCGUGAUCAAUACGAGCAAGAAGUGAAACUGAGAACUCGGACUAUCGAGAGAAAGGAAAGGGAGAUGGAAAGCUUGCUCCGAGCUCUAGAGGUCAAACAGCAAGAGCUGAGCAGCCACGGCCAAGAUCUCCAGAAGAACAUAAAGCGUCUUAAAGACCAAGGGAAGGAGCUGAAAGACAGAGAGAACUAUCUAAACAACGAAGAGCGGGAGCUGCUCAACUGGAAGUCCGAGCUGCAGAUGCAAAAUGAGCACGUUAAAUCUACAACUCAGCAGCUGGCCGAGAUUGGCAGAGAUCUGGCUUUGCUGAAAGACGAGCUGCACAAAAAAGAGAAGAAUCUCAAGAUGGCGCUUAAAAAAUGGAGUAAGUGGGAGGCAGACCUUGAAGCACGAGAGGCGGAGUUGCAGGAACGAAAUUUUGAGGGCGGUCAACGUUUUUUAAGUCUGGAAGCUGCGGUCGAGAGCUCGGAGAACAACGUCUUUGUGAUGUGCAGCGAGCGAAGGGGAAAGGGCAGGGGGGCAGAUAAAGGAGAAAGGGAUUACUGUCACAGUGAAACACUAGGAGAGAAUGAGAUGAGUGAGGAAAAGGAAGGGAUGAGAGAAGGAGGAGAAGAGAUGGGAGAUAAAAAAAGCCUGGAAAGGAAAAAGGUCAUCCAGGAUCAGAUGUUAUUUAGUCACAGCAGCAAGGCCUCUCCUGGGUUGCAUCUGGGGGUGGUGGUGUUAGGGGAGUCCUGGUCGUCUCGCUGCCCAGCUGGAGUCACCAUCCUGGGUGGGGAAGUGCCCGAACUCAACGGAUCCACCUUCAGGUCUUGGACAGGUCAGACAGCCGGGAGACGCCUCGCAGUUGCAGAGCCGCUGGGUUUGAGAUGGCGGGACGGACCAGACCCAACAAACGUGAAGAAAAGCCUCCUCGACGGCGUUUCCUGGUGUCACCCGGGACCUCACGUCGUCCUCCUUCUCAUGCCCGUCUUCUUGACCUGCACGAGGAAGUACAGGAGAGCUGUGGAGGAGGACAUGGGUUUGCUCGGGGAAGAGAUUUGGCAGCGCACCCUGGUCGUGUUCACUUGGGGGGAAACUUUAGGGGUGAGCGCAGAGCAGCACAUCCUGAGGAACGGGGAGCUGACGGGGCUCGUGGAGAAAUGUGGCGGCAGGUAUCACGUGCUGACCAGCAAGAGAACAAACUCUGAGACUGAAGGAUUGUUUGAGAAGAUGGAGGAUAUUGUGGCUUUGAACAGCAGGGGGCAGUGUUUGGAGUAG